UAAGUUUCGGUUCCACUUUCUGUUCUGGAUAAGUGAAAUUAUCAACCCCAACACAGUAGUGUUAGUAACCCACUCAUCUCACUCUAACUAUGGACGAAGAAGAGCUGAUUUUAUGUACUCACUGCAAUAAAGAGGUGGCGAAGGCAAACUACGACCUGCAUGAACCACACUGUAAGAGGUUUCUGUGUAUAUGCCCUGACUGCGAUGAAACCGUGCCUCGAGAUCAACUGGAGGAGCAUAAAACCGAACAGCACACAGAGGUAAAAUGUAAGAUGUGCAAUAAAAAGAAGGAGCGAAGGCAUCUGUUGGAUCAUGAGAAAGACGAGUGCUCCGAGAGGCCUCAGAUCUGUGAGUUUUGUCAGCUUGAGCUUCCUCUGAGCAGUCUAAAAGUGCACAAAGUGUCCUGUGGGAGUCGCACAGAACGCUGCUCUGACUGUGGCCGGUACGUUAAACUGAUGGACCAGCUUGAUCACGCUCAGAUCUGCUCUACUACUACCACCCCCACAACGUCAAAGGACCUUGUCGCUGAAGAUGAUACUUCUGACACAGAUGAGCUGACCAUGCUGCAAUGUCAGAAUUGUCUGAAAUACAUUCCCUCUGACAUUCUGAAGGAGCACAAGCUGCUUUGCAAACAGUCCUUAAAUUGUGCAGAUGUUGAGGAUGAUGACUCUGAGGAUGAAAACCCCAGUCCUGGAAACGUCAGAGCUGCAGGUUUCUCCUUCUCAUCAUUGCAAAAGAAGAAGAGAGAAACAGAAGACAGAAACAUUGACCUGGAUAAGAUAAGCACCUGUCCGCUCUGUCAUCUGGCUCUUCCUGUAAAGACACUCGAAUGGCAUGAGACAAAAUGUGAAUUAUACAAACAUCUGAGCCUGGCAUGAUGACUGAUGAAAGAAAAGCUAAAUAUGGUUGCUGGAAACUCCAAUCACCAAUCAUCACAAUGCUUCUUAUAAAUCACCAUUGUCUGCUUUUAAUUAGAAAAUAAUGGCUCUUUAAAAUUGACUUAUUAGGCCAAGUGAAGGACAAAUUAUGCAAAAGUUUUAGACAUCCUGCGUGAGAGUACUUUAUGUGCAUACUUUAUUGGUUUUUUUUUUAUGACUAUUAACCCUUUUUAUGAUGCAGUUUUUUGGCUGUUUCAUACAUUUGUUUAAAUGUUACUGCGUGUUAAAUCCGGACAAACCUCAAACCACAGCAAAAAAUAAAGAUAACAAGACAAACUAACUAUUUGUAUGAGGUGCAUGAAAAUAUUUAGUGCAUAAUAUAUUCUAGACUUUAAAUUAUUUCGCUCUCUGCCAACAUCAUAUCUUUGUUUAAAAUACCUGAGGAUCCCGCAGACCAUCUACCAGAGGAAGAGUAUUGUGAAAAUCAUGAGAAAAUAGCCAUUUAUUGAGGGAGACAACAAGCUGGCAGCGUUUCAUUCAGGAUUCUUUCCUUAACAUCUUAAUAUUCCUAUAGUAUCUUUUAAUAAAUAAUACUUAGUUGAUAUGUUUAACUGCAUUUUAAAAUGUUGUUUAUUGCUCUAUUGGUUCAUUUGUAAUUUAGUAGAAUUUUACUAUAAUUUUAUUUUUUAGGAAGUAAACUUAGUCCUCCUAGUUAUGAAUCUAAUCAAAUUAAGUGACUAUGUUUGUAAAAAUGUAGUUUUUUUGAGCAACCUGUUCUGCACGUGGAAACAAAAGUGCAAGAGUGGCAUCUAGUGGAUAUUUUUGUAUUCCUUUUGUGAGAGAUGUGCAAAUUCAGUGUUGAGAGUGCAGAUUCAAGAAUAAACAUUGUCAUAAUC